UCAACAAGGUAUGAGGGUGUGUUCUAGCCUAAAGGUACCUUUCACCAGUUUAAAUUAUUUAUAAGAUCCCCAUUUACUAAAGCAGAGCAACUUGCAGCUUCACGGAGUGAUCACUGGUAGGGUAAUUAGAAUCAGUGUUAAUGUUUCCCUUUCCAAGUAUUUAUUUAAACUGUCUUGUGGCCGGCCGGGGGCGGGGCCGGGGCCAGGGUCCAGCUCCGGGCCUCCGCGGCCAUCGCUGCCUGCUCGGUUCCUUACCUUCGCCCGCCCCCAGCCCUCCCGAACCGAGUGGAGCCGACUGGCGUCGGCCGAGGGGCACCGCGGCUUCAGGGGCUGGGCCUCCGCGCGGCGCAACGACAGGCGGCACGAAAGCUCUGUGAGUCCGAGGCCGCGGCCGUGGCCCUGGGCGGCGGCGGGUCCGGGCCGGGUCCGCUCAUGGUGCCGCCACGACACCAUCCCGGGGCAGGAAGGCCAGGUGCGCUGAGUUCUUCACCUCCGUUUAGACUCAGAUCUGCUAAGUUUUCAGGCAUUGCUCUUCAAGAUCUCAGAAAGGCCUUUAAAAUAAGACUGCAAAUGGUGUGUGUGUUUAUCAUGAACCGAAUGAAUUCCCAGAGCAGUGGUUUCACUCAGCGGAAGCGAAUGGCUCUUGGGAUUGUUAUUCUCCUACUUGUUGAUGUGAUAUGGGUUGCAUCCUCAGAACUUACUUCGUAUGUUUUUACUCAGUACAACAAACCAUUCUUCAGCACCUUUGCAAAAACGUCUAUGUUUGUUCUGUACCUUUUGGGCUUUAUAGUUUGGAAGCCAUGGAGACAACAGUGUACAAGAGGAUUUCGAGGAAAGCAUGCUACUUUUUUUGCAGAUGCUGAAGGGUACUUUGCUGCUUGCACAACAGAUACAACUAUGAAUAGUUCUUUGAGUGAACCUCUAUAUGUUCCUGUGAAAUUUCAUGAUCUUCCAAGUGAAAAACCUGAGAACACAAACAUUGAUACUGAAAAAAUUCCCAAAAAGUCUCGUGUAAGAUUUAGUAAUAUUAUGGAGAUUCGACAACUUCCAUCAAGCCAUGCAUUGGAAGCUAAGUUGUCUCGCAUGUCAUAUCCUACUGUGAAAGAACAAGAAUCCUUACUCAAAACUGUGGGGAAACUUACAGCAACUCAAGUAGCAAAAAUAAGCUUUUUUUUUGUUUUGUGUGGUUUUUGGCAAAUUUGUCUUAUCAAGAAGCACUUUCAGACACACAAGUUGCUAUAGUUAAUAUUUUGUCCUCAACUUCUGGACUUUUUACCUUAAUCCUUGCUGCAAUGUUUCCAAGUAACAGUGGCGAUAGAUUCACUCUUUCUAAACUUUUAGCUGUAAUCUUAAGCAUUGGAGGUGUUGUGCUGGUAAAUCUGUCAGGAUCUGAAAAAUCUCCUGGAAGAAACACAGUAGGUUCCAUUUGGUCUCUUGUUGGAGCCAUGCUCUAUGCUGUUUAUAUUGUUAUGAUAAGAGAAAAGUAGACAGAGAAGAUAAGUUGGAUAUUCCAAUGUUCUUUGGUUUUGUAGGUCUCUUUAAUCUGCUGCUCUUAUGGCCAGGUUUCUUUUUACUCCAUUAUACUGGAUUUGAGGACUUUGAGUUCCCCAAUAAAGUAGUGUUAAUGUGCAUUGUCGUUAAUGGCCUCAUUGGAACAGUGCUCUCAGAGUUCCUGUGGUUGUGGGGCUGCUUUCUUACCUCAUCAUUGAUAGGCACACUUGCACUAAGCCUUACAAUACCUCUAUCCAUAAUAGCUGACAUGUGUAUGCAAAAGGUGCAGUUUUCUUGGUUAUUUUUUGCAGGCGCUAUCCCUGUAUUUUUUUCAUUUUUUAUUGCAACUCUCCUGUGCCAUUACAAUAAUUGGGAUCCUGUGAUGGUGGGAAUUAGAAGAAUUUUUGCCUUUAUAUGCAGAAAACAUCGAAUUCAGAAGGUUCCAGAAGACAGUGAACAGUGUGAGAGUCUCAUUCCUAUGCAUGGUGUUUCUCAGGAGGAUGGGGCUAGUUAGCUAUAGUCCAGCUUGGUGAUGGAAUAGUAUACAGCGAAGAGACAAUCUCUGGCAAGUUUUUGUAGAAAAAUGUUUCAGUGCCUAGUCUGAAAAAUAACAGUUUCAGUUCUUUGGAACUCUAAAACAUAUUUUCCUCAUAUCUUUUGUCUUCAUUUUCAUAAUGAAGUACUUUGCUAUGUAGCUGUGUACAUACCACUACAGUUAUAGGAAGUUUCAGUCUAUAGUCCAUCUAAAGGACCAACCUGCCUUAUACAUCUCAAGGAAUUCAACUGAUAAAAUAAUUUGAACUAAUCAAAGGAUAAAAUUUUAAUGUUCUGGAGACUUUAUUUUCACAUAUUAUUUGUUAAAUGCUGGACUAUAUUAGGAAAAUGUUUUCAGAAAUCAUUUUAAGUAUAUAGAUCAGUGUUUCUUACAGGUAAAAUGCUCAAAUAAGCUGCCUAUAAUAGGUACGAAUUAUAUUUUUUAGUUUUGUAGAAUAUUACAAAUUAAUAAAACAAAAAAUGUUUAAUUUAUGCAACAGACAUGUUCACACAAAUUUGGUAGGACUUUAAAAAGAAUCAACGUUUGACAGAAGAUCUGUUUCAUUUACACUGCAUAUACUGUAUUAUCCUUUCAUAGCAUUAGGUGCCUUGUACUUUAAAUCUGUGACAAACCAUGAUGAAUUUUUAAAGGGGAAGUAUUACUGUAAAAUGAAGAAUUAUGUAUUUCUAAAGGCUGUAAUGCUGUACGUUUAAUUGAUAAAGCUCUGCUUAUUUAGAGUUUUGAAGAAAUAUCCUCUCCAAUUAAACAUUUUCAUAAUGGAAUGAUGUAAAUUGAAGUGAUAAAGUAUUAUUAAAAUAAAAUGUUUAU